GAUGGCGGCGCCCGCGUCGGCGGCUGGAGGUGGGCGGAGCUGCCGCCUGCGCGCUGCGGCGGGGCGGCCCCAUUGUGCGGCACUGAGGGAGCCACCGCCUCUUCUGCCGGGGAUGGAGGACGGCGGCGGGCUGGGAGAGACGCCUGUGAUCCCGAAGGCCGGCUCCGGCCUCUCGGCCUCUCAGCGCCGAGCUGAGCUGCGGCGGAGGAAGCUGCUGAUGAACUCGGAGGAGCGGAUCAACCGCAUCAUGGGCUUCCACCGGCCCGCGGCGGGCAAGGAUGAUGAAAGUCACACCGAGUCAAGGCUUCAGCACGAACAAGAUAAAUCAAACUCCCUUCCUAUUCCUUCAGUUUCCAAGCGAAUCGUGCUUGGUGAUUCGGUCUGCAGCGUGGCAGGCACAGCUGACCACGCAGGCAGCAUGAUUGACCUCAAAGGGGAUAAGGACUUGUUCAGUAAAACUCCAGAGCUUGUCACCGAGGGGACAAAUGAGCUCCGGCACCGUACCAGAGGGGAGCUGCCGCCUGACGCUGCCCCACGGCCCCCUAGACAUGGCUUGGAACAGUACUUAUCCAGAUUUGAUGAAGCUCUGAAGUUGAGGAACCAGCUGAUGAGUGAGAAGCCAAGCCAAGAGAAUGGGAAUGCCGGGGAGGAGUUUGACUCUUUCCGCAUUUUCAGAUUGGUGGGAUGUGCUCUGCUCGCCGUCGCCGUCAGGGCUUUUGUGUGCAAGUACUUGUCAAUAUUUGCACCAUUUCUUACCCUACAACUUGCUUACAUGGGUCUGUCCAAGUACUUUCCAAAGUGUGAGAAGAAGGUGAAAACAACAGUCCUGACUGCUGCUCUCUUGCUGUCUGGAAUCCCUGCAGAAGUGAUCAGUCGCUCCAUGGACACCUACAGUAAAAUGGGAGAUGUUUUCACAGACCUUUGUGUUUAUUUCUUUACUUUUAUCUUUUGCCAUGAACUUAUUCUGGUUUUUGGUUCUGAAGUACCGUGAUGGCUGUAGAAUUCCAGGCAGUAGUUACACUGAAGCUUUCUGGACUGUAUUCCUGACUGUGCAGAGGUUUAAACCUUCAUUAAAAUUCUUACCUAUUUGAAUGCUUGAAAGGAGCCUGAAAUCCAGUCGUUUGGGGGAAGGAAGAGCAAGGUCCCAGACUGCCAGUUGUAUGGGUUCAUUUCUUUUUUAGUUACUGUGUCUGCCUGUAACAAAUGUGAAGAGUAGGAUGCAAGUUUCAGUGGGUGAUUUAUUUGGUUUAGUUAGAUGGUGCCCUUCUCAGUCUCCUUCAUAAACAUUUAUAAAGCUGCCUUUGUUCUUUUCCAUGAGAACAAAGAGAAUUCAUUUCAGUGGAACCAUAUAUUAAUAUAUAUAUCUCCAGUAUGACUGUAGCCAGCAAAACCUGCUCAUUUUGUGGUGUUUCCUCUAAUUUUUUGUUUAAGGAAAACUCUAAAUAAAGGAAAUACCUUUAUUCUGCUGUUCAAAUUCAGAAUGCUGAGUUAA